GAAAAUGCCGGUCGCUGAGAAUGUGAGAAUACGCUGUAGUUUUAUAACGUAGGAAUAGGUUCCGAAAUCUCUGGUACCUGACAUGGUACGGCCUGCAAAGUAGAGAAGUAGUACCUUACCUAUACAUAAUACACCCAACACCCAAGUGCUUACUAAAUCUAGCUAUUAAUAGAGCUUGUGUCUAUCUAUGUAUCGUAUACGUACGAGGUAAAACCAGACAUCAUUUCAUUCAUCAGGCAUACCUUAGUAGAAUAGCGGAGCGACUAUCGAUAGUUCGACUGCACCUCUACUUUCCCACCAGCCAGCCGUGGGGGGAGGCCCGUUGCGUUUGAUCCCUCAGUAGAGACAAAAAUGCGUUGCCAUCAGGUGCUCCAGAUUGUGCUGUUGCUUCUGUCUGAAGCAAUAGCCUUCAGGAUCUACAAUCCACGGCGGGUUUACAUGCCGACCUUGGAGAUGAACUGCUACGAGAUGCCGAUGAAGGUGACCAUGGUGCCAGCCAGGACAAAAAGUGAAGCCUGGCGACUACAGAAGAAGCUGAAAGUGUCUGCGGCCCUGCCGCCGGGCGGAGCGGGCGUAUCCACCUCGCCCACGCCGCUCAACGCGCUCGAGAUACAGAAGCGCUUCGACCACCUGUUCACCGAGACCGACGACAUCGUCAAGGAGCACGCCAAGCUCGUGCAGGACAUCAACAGCCUGCGCCAGGUCGUGUUCGUCGCGCCCCUCGCCGACGAAACGAAGGACUAUGACGAAUCCGUCUACCACGAGAUUAUCGAGACCACCUCCACCACCACCGCCCGGCCGACGCCGCGGUCGUCGCCCUCCACCACGCCGCCGACCAAGUGGAGCAAGCCCGGGGGCAUCCCCGUACUGCUGCUGGGAGGCGCCAGCCAGCGCCUGUCGGUGAAGAGCGCGUCGGCGCCGCGGCCCACCAUCAGCCUGGUGGGCACGUCCGCGUCGCCGCUCGCCAAGCACCCCUACCCCUUUGUGGGCCCCGGCGCCGCCAAGCCCUACCGCGUGUGCAUGCCCACCUCGCUGCCCGUCACCUACGCCGCGCCCACGCGCCGGCCCUCGCUCUGGAGCCGGCUACUCUCCUUCUUCCCGCGGCUCACGGGGUAGACCCCCUCUGUUACGUAUUGUGUCGUAAUUACUUGCCAGUUUCAUGGUUGCAUGCAUUUAUGUUCAAACGCAGCUGAAUUCCGCUUGUCUCCGUUCCAACGGGCUAAUUGCGAUUUUUGUCAUUACACCGCACUUCACGCGCACGCGAUCAUAUGAAACUGAAUUAGUUGUAAUUAAAUAGCUGGUAAAAACUUAGGUACAAGUGUAUUAUGUAUAUGUUGAUUGCGUUUAUUAAUUUAUGGGUUGCGUAUUUUUAUAAAAUGUGAUUGAACAUGUUACGAGAUUGUGUUUU